AGGGAAAUGGAUUUGUUGCUAGUUCCUUAUUCAUCAAAUCCAGGGCUAAAGAUUAUUCAGUGGCCACCUUUUUUGCUUGCUAGCAAGAUACCAAUAGCAUUGGACAUGGCAACUCAAUUUAAAUCCAGGGACUCUGAUCUCUGGAAGCGUAUAUGUGCUGAUGAAUACAUGAAAUGUGUAGUGAUUGACUGUUAUGAAUUUUUCAAGCAUGUCUUGAGCAUUCUUUUGGCUGGAGAUAUUGAAAAAAAGUUAUAUUGGUAGCAAUUGGUUUCUCUACAAGUAGAAUAUAUAAUUUUGUUUGUUUCAGUUUCUAGAAAUCGAAGAGUCAGAAUAAAACUAAUGUCUAGUUUUGUAGUCUAUAAUGUAAAUGAGUUACAGUUCUUACGGUUUCUGAAACUUCUUUGUCACACUUAAAAUUUUCUCUUACAUAUCAAGAUUUCAAAAAAAAAUUUAAAAACUGGAAAAGGUACUGGGUAAUUACAUUGUUUUUUUUUUUAAAAAAAAUUAAUUUUUCCAUUACUCUUAUAGCUGGGAACACUUGAUUUUGAUCUUUGCAUUUUUGGCUAUACUAUUUCUAGUUUUUCAUGUAUGAGCUAAAUUUCAACGAUUUUUCUUUUUUUUUUCCUUUUAACACCACAGAUUGAUUUCAUUUACACCAAGUCAUUUAUGCUUGAACCAAAUAACAUGUACCAUAAUGUAACCUGUAGAAAUUACAAAAAAGUGUUUUAUAUAUUAUUGAGCGUGGAUAUUAAUAAUUAUUAUAGUCUCAUCCUAUAUAAAAUGUUGCUAUACAUUCUAAUAUGAUUUUAUGGUUUGCAGGAUAAUUAGCAUCAUUAUUAAAGAAGUUGAAAGUAGCAUCUCAAAAAAUCUGCUUCUUGCAAACUUCAGAAUGGGUCCUUUACCUACUCUUUGCAAGAAAUUUGUGGAGCUUGUAGAGAUCUUGAAAGACGCUGAACCAUCCAAUAAAGAUACAGUGGUGUUGUUGCUGCUGCAAGAUAUGUUGGAAGUUGUCACCCGUGACAUGAUGGUGAAUGAGCUCAGGGAAUUGCUUGAAGUUGGUCAUAGCAGCAAGGAUACUGGGAGACAACUUUUUGCAGAUACUGAUACAAGACCUGCCAUAGCAUUCCCCCUAGUUGUCACAACUCAGUGGGAAGAACAGAUAAGACGCCUAUACCUCUUGUUGACAGUGAAGGAAUCUGCUACUGAUGUACCAACUAACCUCGAAGCAUGUAGAAGAAUCUCAUUUUUCACAAAUUCACUGUUCAUGGAUAUGCCACGUGCCCCCAAAGUCCGGAAAAUGCUUUCUUUCAGUGUCAUGACUCCAUACUACAGUGAGGAGACAGUUUACUCUAAAACUGACCUUGAGUUGGAAAAUGAAGAUAGUGUAUCAAUCUUAUAUUACUUGCAGAAAAUUUUCCCAGAUGAGUGGAAUAACUUCAUGGAGCGAAUUAAUUGUAAAAAAGAUAGUGAGAUAUGGGAAACUGAGGAAAACAUUUUACAGCUUCGUCACUGGGUCUCCCUAAGAGGACAAACUCUCUGCAGAACAAUUCGAGGAAUGAUGUACUACAGAUGAGCUUUGAAGCUUCAGGCUUUCCUUGACAUGGCCAAUGAAAGUGAGAUACUUGGAGGCUACAAAGCCAUAACAGUUCCAUCAGAGGAAGAUAAAAAAAGCCAACGAUCUCUUUAUGCACAAUUAGAAGCAGUUGCUGACAUGAAAUUCACAUAUAUCGCUACCUGUCAAAACUAUGGCAACCAGACGUGAAGUGGAGAUCGUCGUGCAACAGACAUCCUGAACUUGAUGGUCAAUAAUCCUUCUCUUAGGGUGGAAUAUAUUGAUGAAGUUGAAGAGAAUGAAGGAGGAAAAGUACAUAAAGUUUAUUAUUCAGUUUUGGUGAAAGCUGUUGAUAAUCUUGAUCAGGAAAUAUAUCGGAUAAAAUUAUCGAGUUCAGCCAAGAUAGGAGAACGAAAGCCAGAAAACCAAAACCAUGUUAUAAUUUUCACGAGAGGAGAAGCUCUCGAGACGAUUGACAUGAAUCAGGACAAUUACUUGGAAGAAGCUUUAAAAAUGCGUAACCUUUUGGAAGAAUUCAAUGGGCAGCCAGGCUUCUUGAGCGGAUGAGUCAUAGCUAGAGUAACUUUUGAAAUCAUAAUUAAAAAAUAUACUAAUUGUAGUUUUUAGUUAUCCCUUACAUAGUUAUUACAAGUGUAUAUUUUGUUAUUGUAAUUUUUAAAUUUGGAACAUACUGAGUUCUAUUGAUUAUUUUGUUUGCCUA